AUGUUUAAGAAUACAUUUCAAUCAGGCUUUCUAUCUGUACUUUACAGUAUAGGUAGCAAGCCAUUGCAAAUUUGGGACAAGAAGGUGAGGAAUGGACAUAUCAAACGCAUUACGGACAACGAUAUACAAAGUUUGGUUCUUGAAAUUGUGGGUACUAAUGUUAGCACCACAUUUAUAACAUGUCCAGCAGAUCCUAAAAAAACUCUUGGCAUUAAAUUGCCUUUUCUGGUUAUGAUAAUAAAGAAUGUAAAAAAGUAUUUCACAUUUGAAGUGCAGGUACUGGAUGAUAAGAAUGUCCGAAGACGUUUCCGUGCCAGCAAUUAUCAGUCGACGACACGCGUUAAGCCCUUCAUUUGCACAAUGCCAAUGCGUUUGGACGAGGGCUGGAACCAAAUACAAUUCAAUUUAUCAGACUUUACAAGGCGUGCAUAUGGAACGAAUUAUAUUGAAACGCUGAGAGUGCAAAUACAUGCAAAUUGUCGAAUUCGCCGAGUGUAUUUUUCGGACAGACUUUAUUCGGAAGACGAGCUGCCACCGGAAUUCAAACUAUUUCUGCCAAUACAGAAACCCGCGCAAAAAAUACAGGCAAUUAGCUAG